AUGUACUUGCUCUGGAGGUUCGCCGAUAAGAAACUUGGUGAGGUUGAGCAGUUCCCGUACGACAACGCUGCCGUACAGUCAGCCGUUAGACUCCUCGCUGCCGCAAGCGACACUGAUGCUGGCCGAAAUCCACGAGCAGUAGGCACUGAUGGGGGGCCAGAUCGACGGCAAGGAGGCACGAAUUCCGAAUCUCUAGCGGGAUUUGGGGGUAAUUUCAGGGGAGAACAGGUCGCUGGAGAAGAAGAUGAACGCAAGCGGUUGCCUCUUGAUUCUCGAUACAAUCGGUUGGGAUGUUGGGGCAGCGACUGGCACCGUAAUGGUAAAGAAGUCGUUUGUUUGCAGAGGGCAAACGACAUCGCUUUAAUGACGCCCAAGACGACGUCGUUUGCUGGUAUGAGAAAAGAAAUUAGGUUUUGGCUAGGCGAUGAUAGAGAAACAAUUGCCGAUGGGAGACACCUCGUCAGUGUUGCUCUCUUGGUCGGAAAGGGGCUAUUUCAUUUUGAAGUAGGGCUCGUGCUCGCCAUCAAAGUAGGUAGGACUUUCAGAGGCGGCACUGUCCGGGAAGAUUUUAGUGGAAACACGCGCGUCGGAGGUGGAGUCGUGGUGGAGAUGACGCCACCGGAACCAUCGGCGGUGGAGAUGUGA